AUGCCCUCGAAGCCCGACACACCGCUUGCCGAUCAACUCCGUGCCGACUUUUGGGCUUGGUACCACAGAGACAUGCAGCAUCUCCUGCUGUACAAAAAGACCUUCCGCGAAUGGGCGGCCUUCACCAAAAGCGACACCAGCAAGGCAAAGCCCGACCAUGACUCCAUCGCCGAGCGUCUCAAGGCCGCCGCCAUCGACGCUCAAGUCGCCUGGGCCGAGCACCACGCCGAAUUUGAGCGGUGGAAGGCCGCGAACCCGGCCGUAGGCCCCAUAAUUGCCAACGCGCACCAGGACACGAAGGCGAUCCGGGCGGCCGAGAAGCAAAAGGCCGAGCGAGCCGACUUUGUGAGGAACGACCUGCGCGGCAAGUCGGAGAAGCAGCAGCAGCAGGAGCUCGCCCGCUACGACCACUUUACCCGCCUCAUGGCGCAGUCUCGCGAGCGCGAGAUGUGGCGCACCAGGGUCGAGGCCCAGAUCAAGGCCCAGGCCAUGAUCGAGGAGCAAAACUGUAUCGCUGCUGCGGCUGCUGCCGCCGCUGCCGAGGAGGAGAGGAGGAAGGCCGAGGCGGAAGAACUCGAGAGACAGAGGAAGGAGGCGGAAGCUGAAGAGCAGCGGAAGCUGGCCGAUGCCCGAGCCGCCGAAGAGGAGAGACUGCUGCGCGAGAAGCCUGCUGCCGCUGCCGCCCAGGCUGCUGAGAAAGAGAAAGCCGAAGAGCAAGCUAGGCGCGAGGCAACAGCUCAGCGCCUUGCCGACGAGAGCCUUCUACUGCAGAUGCUGGGAUUUCCGGAAGUCAAUCGAUCGGGCAGUCUGGGCAGCAAUACGCCACACGACUGGAAUGGGGAUCUUUUUGCCGGUGUGACCACAGACAUCGCAGCCCAGCAGUGGGCCCAGGAGAACUACAUGAGCGACAAGAUUUGUGGUGACCCGGAUAACUUUGACCACCAAUUCCAGGAGGCCUUCCAGUUCGCGGAUGACCUGCUUCUGCCAUCCAACGAGCCACUCGACUUCGAUGCCACAUUCGCCGAGCAGGAUGCCGUGUUACCGACUGGGGAUUUGCUCGGCAUUGACGUUCCCACCUUGAUGCAGUUGGACACGGCUCCGGCUCACCAGGUGGCUCAUCUCCAGUUCUCCCUUGGUGGUGGCAGUCGCGAUGUUAUGGCUCAGAAGAAGGACAUCUCAGCCGAGCGGUUCCUCCCGCUCGUCCAGCCGCAGAUCCCAUCCGUUCCGGCUGCCAUGUCAUCAAAUGAAGCGGGCCAGCCGGUGACAACCAGGACCCAAGUUUCUGCUGAGAGUUCGACCGGGAAGAAACGACCGAGCCGCAAGAGGGUUAACCCAAAGACCCAGCCGAACGCCACAGCCAAUCCCAAGAGUAUUCCGACGGCGAUGUCUAGUGAGGAGGCACAGCACCAGCUGUCUGAGCCUUCGUUUGGCCUCGGCCAGGUCAUGGCUUUGGACCCCUUCGUGACCUCGGCGAACACCCAUGAGCUGCCUAGCAGCGGCCAGGGCACGUUCAGCCUCAACAAGCCAGCCACAGAGCUGACACCUCGCGACGAUCCUGCCGCAGUGUCUCCAGCCGGCCACAUGUCUCAUGUCGCAGAUACCACCGCCCCUGACCAGAUGGAACACAAAUCGUUCAGAGCCCAGGAGUAUUCCGGACCCUCCAGCCCUAAGAUCCAGCAGCAGAUGUCGCAGAUGUCGCAGAUGCCGGCCAUGGACCUUACCUCGCACGGUACUGCCGGUCCCAUAGUGCAGAAACCCCCUCAGGAUCCGUCCGAUUACACCAUCUUCAUGAAACGGCCCUCCCAAGCGUCGUCUCCGGCCUCUCUGUCUUCUGUGCAGAUGCCUUCCGCUCACAUUUCAGCCCAUGCUGCUGCGACCCUGUCAUUAGACAACAACAAGCGCAAGGCUUCCGUUAGUCAUGGAGCGGAGACUCCGACCAAGCGCCGCCAGACUGUGAAUCGACAGGCUGCUGUGGUCCCGAUUCCUCAGUCACCGCCAGUGCCCGUGAGCUCCCAGGGUCUUCAAACGCCUGCCCGUACUGCGCAACUUCCGGCCCAGGGUCUGCAGACCCCCCAGCAGCAGGUCCCAAUCGACCCUGCCCUGCACUACGGCAUCUCGCCGCCCAGUGGUGGCGUGCUCUUUGGCACGUCGAUCAAGGCAGGUGUCUGCGCCGCCAUCGCGCACAUCGUGAUGGAGGCCAAGCUUGGCACCGUCUUCUCACAGGUCUUGCUGGACGGGCCCAUCGCCGACUUUGGUUGUCCCGAGAUCAGUGGCCACAUCAAGCAGGCCACCAAGAGCCAUCUCAUCGCGGUGAGUGCGGCAGGGCCCGAGGACGACCGUCAGGCCUUCCUGAGCGGCGCAUUCAAGGUCCUCCAGGGGAUCCUCCACGAGAUUGAGGAACGUGGCUCCGUCUUUGGAAAGGCGCUGCUUGACGGCCCGAUGAGCGGGCCGGCCCUGAUGCCUGCUCGGAAAGCCAUGUCGACCGUGUACAAGGCGGUCAUGGCCGAAUAUAGGUCUCCCCCGAGGUUUGAAGGUGACUCGGUCCGGCCGACCCAGGUUCAGCAGACACCCACGCGAAUGAGCCUUGCUCGUUCCCGUAUCUCGAGCCGGAGCAGCAUGGGCAACGGAUCUGCCGUGGCCGGCAGCCCUCAUCUCCCGACUCGUCCCGGUGGCCCCGACACAUUCAUCCACGGCCGCACAACUUCCCCUCAGACGAACGGGCAUGCCGCCUCUUCGUCUCCCAUGCAGCCUUUUCCCAUGCUGUCGGCUGAGGACGGGGGCUACCCGUCCUCCAAUCACGCCUACCCUUCCCCCCCGUCGCUCAUGACCGGAUACACUGUCCCGGACUGCCAGCAGCCGGCCGUCUCCAAGCCCGCCGCUGCGCAACGCUCGAGUCACACGCACGACGACGUGCCCGAGCCUACCAACUAUUACCCGCAGGAGCAGCAGCAGGUGUUGGAGCAGCAACAAGCCGGACAGGCGCCGCAGAAAUCCAAGAGAGCCUCCGCCCGGCGCAAGUCCCGCGCCCGCAAGUCUUCCACGCCAGCGGUGAUGCCCAACUCCCAGCCUCCGACCGACGACAACACGGCAACGACAACGAUGAGCACCACUGCCACCGCCGCCGCCGCCGCCACCGGAGACACAACUCCUUCUCCCGGGGGGCAGUGCAUCCCCAAGCUGUACUACCGCUUCGCCGACGGCGCCUUCUACAUGCAGCUGCAGACGGCCAGCGGGGAGGUGACGCACCACCGGAUCGGCGCCAAGGGCACGACGGCGGCGGAGGCGGCGCUGGGCCGGUUCCUGGCCGAGGCGGGCGCGCGGCUGGGGGGCGUGGCCGAGUGCCCGGCCGGCUUUGUCUUCCGCGCGUGGGAAGGGGUGGAGGAGAACCUGCGGGCCCUGGAGCGGGCCCUGUCUUCCUAA